AUGUUAAAGUAUUUUGUCUUUUUAUUCUUUUUAAUUUUAUUGGUUAGAUCAUCUCCGAUUACUCAAGGUCUUUGGAUUUAUCAUCAAGAUUCUUCGGAUUGCUCAGCACCAGUUGUUGCAGGACUUUCAAUGGAAAAUGGUGUACUCAAUACCUUUGAUGCAAAGAAUCCAAGCAACACGUUUAUAGUCAAUGCAACUCAGAAUCAAGAUGGAACAUACUCUGGAUUAGGAACUGUUUAUAAUUCAAAUACCAACCGAAUCGUCUCCUAUAUCAAAAUAAGUGUAGCUUUGAGCAAUAGUUAUGCUUUUGUUGCUACUUACUAUACUAGUUGGAACCCACCAUACCCAGGAAGUGAAUUUUACUACUCUUUAUUAUCUUGUAACUCUACCAGUUUACUUAUUUAA